UUUUGAAAGAACAGAACGUGCUUGCGCUUCAGUACACACCACUAACCGGUCCGGAGCGUCACUAACGAACUUCGCGUAAAUCGAAACACCAAACGUGUGUGUUCAUCCCAAAAAACAAACAAACAAAAAAAACAACAACCACAAAAUGAAGAGCUGAAAGUCUUUAUUUGUUCAGUAAGGAUUAUUGAUCAAUACAGAGUUUUCAACAUCUGCGGCUGUGGUUUUCGAGUGCCUUCGUUUCAUUUGAGAUGUCAAUGGAUUGGAUUAUAUAUCACUGAACGUCACAGCAUACACGUCACUUACUCCUUUUCAAGCAAAGUGGCUGAAUACCAGUUGCCAUUACAAGACAAGAGAAGUAAACAAAGAGGAAGAUCCGGCAGACAUGCGGAGAAUUUGCUCAGCACAAGCUUUAUCAUUUUGCGAAUUUUAGUGAGAGUGCAGAACGCGUAGGUGUGGAGUAUGUGGGCCAGCUGCUGCGGCUGGCUCGGUCUGGAUGAUCCCACUGUGGAGAACACCAGAAGUAGCACACCACAUCAGACCUUCACAAACUCAGGCUUCAGCGGUUACCCAUCACCCCCUGCUCCAGAAAACACAUGCAAGGCCUGUGGAGGUCGCUUUGACAGCCUCGCCAGGAAGCACAUGUGCAUGGACUGCAAGAAAAGCUACUGCAGCCAGUGCUCCGCUCAGCUGGACGCCCAGCCGUGGCUGUGCCACACCUGCCAGCGUUUCCGUGGGAUCUUGUACGAGCGAGCUGAGCUGAUGAGGCUGAAGGUGAAGGAUCUGAGGGAUUAUCUCCACCUGCACGGGGUCCCCACACAGAUGUGCCGAGAGAAGGAGGAGCUGGUCGAGCUGGUCCUCGGCCAACAGACACCUCCGUCUGACACACACAUUCCUCCCCCAAUAACCACGCGCUUGGACCCGCAGGUAGACCCUUACGCUCCAUUCAGCACAGCAAACCUGUCGCAGGACAACAGCACAACAGAACUGGCACCUCAGGCUCAAACAACAGAAGAUGCACAGGUACGAAAAGGAAAAACAGUCUGCAUAACAUUCAAAAAGUGCUUUUAUGCUCACCUGGACUGCAUUUAUUUGAUCAAAAACUGUAAAAAGUCAAUUUGUGAGACAUUACAAUUAGAGCCCGACCGAUAAAGGAUUUUGAAGGCCGAUACCGAUACAUAUUUUUGGGUUUAAAAUCCGAUAAUCCGAUAUAUCGGCCG